UUUCCCCCCUCCCCCGACAGGAGGAUAUGGUACCUCUGAUGGACGAUUUGAGACUCUGUUCGGUGCGCACCCUGGACGAGAUGGACAGACGCUUCUGUUUUGAGAUUUUCUCCGUUCACGCGAGCUGUAUACUCCAGGCCGACUCUGAGGCUUCACGUCAGGCCUGGACUGAGGCCAUGCGAUCGACAAUUAACUCAGCUUACAGGGAUUCCCAAGUCCUGGACAGACGGGCACAGGGUUCGGAGGUCAGUGCCCCCGGGACCGAGGGCAGGGACCCCUACGCCGAGGGCCAGAGGGUACUGGAGCAGUCCCUCCGAGUGGCCGGGAACCAGCGUUGCUGCGACUGUGGGAAGGCCGACCCUCGAUGGGCCAGCAUUAACCUCGGGAUCACCCUGUGCAUCGAGUGCUCUGGCAUACACAGGGGUCUCGGCGUCCAUCAGUCAAAGGUUCGCUCUUUGACCCUUGACACCUGGGAGCCAGAGCUGCUCAAGUUACUCUGUGCCCUCGGGAAUGACACUGUCAACCAGAUUUAUGAGGCUGAGACGGAACAUUCUGGAUUAACGAAGCCGACUGCAGAGAGCUCACGGCAAGAGAAGGAACAGUGGAUUGAAGCUAAAUAUGUGGAGAAAAAAUUUCUAAAGAAGAAUCCAGCUGCUGCAGAUCAAGUUCCGGAUGACCCAGCUGAGAUGUCAGGCGCUGUGUCCCCGAGCCACCGUCUCUAUGCUGCUGCCGCUGUUGGAGAUUUGCCAGCGAUGUGCCAAGCCCUGGCACUCGGUGCCAACGUGAACUGGACCAACAGCGAGGAGUCCAGGACCUCCCCCCUCAUCGCUGCUGCCCGAAGAGGAUCUCUGACAGCCUGCGAAUAUCUGCUCCAGAAUGGCGCGAACAUCAGCUACCGAGAUGCCAGCGGGCAGGGCCCCCUUCACGUUGCCACGCGUGCUGGUCACACUGGCCCCGUCUGCCUGUUGCUAAAGCGAGGAGCGAACCAGUACGCAGUAGACGAGAGGGGACAGGACCCCCUGAGUAUAGCCGUGGCGACUGCCAACGCCGACAUCGUCACCUUGUAAGUCACAUGGGACCCUGU